CACUGAUCCGAGCAGGGCAGAUUUCCGCAGCCGGGCGUGCCUCUGCGCUGACAACAACAUUUUGACCUACGAUUGGUGUCUUCCUCAGAACUCUUCUGGGCUUUAUAGCUUUUUUCUCGUUGAGCCUGCCCUUGUCCAUGCAUAGUUAACAAUACAAACACAAUGGCUGGACCUAUACGCCAACCGAUCGACUUGGCUUCUCUCGAGCGCUACAUCGACUCCAAUGUUCCUCAGAUCAAGACUCCACUGGAAUUGAAGCAGUUCGGCUUUGGCCAGUCCAACCCUACCUACCAAAUCACCGAUGCUAAAGGAGCCAAAUAUGUCAUGCGCAAGAAGCCCCCGGGAAAGCUGCUGUCCAAGACCGCCCAUCAGGUCGAUCGCGAAUAUAGGAUUAUCAAGGCACUAGGCCAGACCGAUGUCCCUGUUCCCGAGGUCUACUGCCUGUGUCAAGAUCCCAGCGUUGUGGGCACCGAUUUCUACAUCAUGGAAUUCCUCGACGGACGUAUGGUGACAGAGAACCAUUUCCCCGGAGUCAGCCCGGAGGAUCGAACAGCGAUGUGGAAAGACGCCGUUCAGACGCUUGCCAAGUUUCACAGGGUUGAUUUCAACAAGGUCGGCCUGUCGAAUUUCGGUCGACACACCGGGUUUUAUGACCGGCAGUUGAAGACCUUUGGAACAUUAUCCAAGGCGCAAGCAGCAGCAGUGGACGUGGACACCAAGAAACCAGUUGGAGAUAUUCCUCACUUUCAAGAGAUGGUGGAUUUCUUCAAGCAGAAAUCAACUCAACCCAAAGACCGUGGAACCCUGAUCCACGGCGAUUAUAAAAUCGACAACCUGGUUUUCCACAAGACAGAACCUCGAGUUAUUGGUAUUUUGGACUGGGAAAUGGCAACGAUAGGACACCCACUGUCGGAUUUGGUCAAUCUGACCGCACCUUGGGCGUGGGUGGGAAGAAGUCUUGACGGCUCAGGAAGCAAAGAAAGCCUGGAAUUCGUCGACGGAGCGACUCCAGGUCUGCCAACUUUGAAACAGGCAGUCGAUUGGUAUGUUGAAGCGUCUGGGUAUGAUGCUCGAUCAGAAUUAGCUUGGGGCAGAGCAUUUGGGGGCUUCAGAACCGGCGUCAUCAUGCAAGGUAUCGCAGCACGGUAUGCCCAACGACAAGCUAGCGGGACCACCGCCAAACAAUAUGCCGCCCAGAUGGGGCCGUACGGUGAGUGGGCGUUUGACCUGGUCGCCAGACUCCAGAGGACAAGUGAUGGAAAGGCGAAGCUGUAGUAUGUAGAGGCGCAAUCGCAAUACUACUGUAUGUAGAUGAGAUGAUGUUGCAACUAGAUCCACAUGAUACAAUAUCUCUGCC